CUGUCUUCCAAUGGCCGCGAAAGAGCUCGUCGAGAUUUUGCUUCAAGUGAGCGAAAAAUCCGCCAAGAUUGCGCGAGCAUGGCGCUGUCAGGAGGAGCUUUUUGAAUUAAUGGUUGAGGAAAAAGCAGAGAAGGAGAAGAAUGAGCGGUUUGUUCGUGAUUUUAAAACGCUGGCCGACGUUCUGGUACAGGAAGUAGUAAAGCAUGAUGUUUCGCUGAAAUUUCCUGAACUGAGAGACCAUAUUUUGGGCGAGGAAUCCAACAUAUUCAAAAACAGCUUUGGCCAAGAAAUUCGAAUUGAGGUUCGAGAAGACUCGGAAUCUACUUCAAGACAUCUGACUACAGUUUUGUGCGGAAAUGAGAUUGCUGCUCGACUGCUGGCAGAGCUCAUUCAUACUGAUAUCGUAUUGGAAACGGAAGAAAUAAAAGUAAUGGAGGAGCAGUUGGAUUUUGAGCUUCCCCUGAAUGAGUUAGGAAUCUGGAUUGAUCCAAUCGAUUCUACAUCAGAGUACCUCAAAAAUUCUCCAGGGAAGGAAGUUGAUGGCAUUGUAGUUUCAGGUUUACCUUGUGCUACUGUUUUAAUUGGAGUAUUUCAUCUUGAAACUGGUGUACCUGUGGCUGGUGUGAUCAAUCAGCCAUUUUCUACGCUAAUCCAAGAGAAUACAACCUCAAGACGUUGGAAUGGAAGGAGGCUCUGGGGAGUAAAUCAUGCUGGACAUGCCUGUUAUUCCCUGGGAAAUAAAAGGAAAUCCAAUAAAGCAUCAACAGAUACCCAAAUUAGCAGUACUUUUAAGGUAACAAUAAGUGGAAGUGAAAGUGAAAAUGUGAAGGAGACUCUAAUGUCUUCAGGAAUUAGAUUAUUUCCAAGUUCAGGUGCUGGCAACAAACUCCUUCAUGUUAUUGAUGACAAUGUUGACUUCUAUGUCCUUUCCAGUGCCUUUUCCUUCAAGUGGGAUACCUGUGCAGCGCAUGCAAUUUUGUGUUCCAUGGGGGGAGGGGUGGUAGGUUAUAAGGAAGCCCUGUUAUUGAAAUCAACUACAAAAGAAAUUGAUAAGAUAAGUUUUGAUAAGUGUGAACUAAAAUACAACAAACCUGAUGAUGGUAUUGCGAAGAAAUGGAGUAAUAGCAGUGGACUGAUAGCUUUUAAAUCUCAUCAAAGAGUUUUUGAGCUCUUAGAAUGUUUUGGUUCAUAAGGCAGACAAUUAUCAAAACAGAAAGAGAUAUGAAUUAAGCCUUUAACCCCGAAAAGUGACUGGUUUCUAAUUUCUCCAAACAAUAUCAUCACUUAAUCACACAUUAAUGUCGUGAGAAUAAAGGAAAUGAUCACCAAAAAAAGCAACUCUUGAUUAUUAGACAAAUUCUCCUUUUGCAGCACAUUAGUAAAUGUACAGAGAACAGUAUGGAGAGUAUGAAUACUGAUGUUAGGGUGUAAAGGGUUAAGAGGCUAGAUUGUGUUAAUUCAGGUAGUUCUGUGUAUUUUCAACAGCCAAGACCAAUUGCAGCUUUUAUUCAAGUUGAAAUAGGUUUGAGCCAAAUACUUUUGCAAAUUUACUUUUUUGGAACAAUUGUUUUUUAUUGCUCUUCUGAUAAUUGCACCUUUGGUUACAGAUAUAUACUUUGUGUACAAAUGUCAAUUCAAAUUUCUUUUGUUGGCCUAUCAGAAAAGCAUUCUAUGUAAUGCUAGAAAAAAUGCUGGCAGUUGAAUUGGCAAUUGUACAUGCAGUAAACACCCAUAUUGAUGUACAAGUAUUGUAUUGUUAAGAUCAGUUUUGAAUUCAUAUCAAAUACAUGGGGUUUUGUUAUAGAGCAGUGUUCAUAUUACUUAGGAAUUAUUUAUUUUAAUGUAUUUGAAAUGUUUGUGAGAAGUUAGCUGGCAUGACUUCAUAGAUGAGCAUAAUAAAGUUUCCCAUUUAUAAUACUCAAGACAUACAGUUUGGGUUGACUAGCAUUUUGUUUCAGUCUCCUUUAACAAGGAAUGACACAUAUAUAGUACAUAGAUAGUAAUAUAGUUCUUUGUUUAUAUUAUGGGAAUCAGAAGUUGACAAAAUCUUGAGAAAAUCAGUGAUGCUCAGACAAAGAUGUGCCUGGAUUGCAGAGAGAAUUAUGGUAAUAAUUAUUGUAAAUCAUAGUUUGUAAAUUUAGUAACAGCAAUACAUGUAUAUGGGAAAUUUUUAAUAAAAAGAGGGUCAUUUCUUUUU